CCCUCCAAUCCCACCCGUGCCAUUUCCAAACUCGCGGUCCCACUGUGCAGCUCCAGUGUGGUGUUCACUCUGCCAAUCGCUGGAGGACAGAGUGGCAACAAGAGUAAGCAGAGUUAGGAGGCCAGGACAAAAGAAGUUAAAGAGCCCCUAAUAUAUACAUGUUUUUGAAGGCGGGCAGAAGGGAAAAAAGUGCCCCCAGUGAGGGUCUAUGGGCCUGACUGUGUAGUUCUGAUGGAGCCCCCUUUGAGCAAGAGGAACCCGCCAGCGCUGAGGUUAGCGGAUUUGGCAACGGCUCAGGCCCAGCCGCUUCAGAACAUGACAGUCUUCCCGGCGCUGGUCCGCGCGCCCGCCCACUCCCAACGCCGUGCCGCCGCGCACCUCCGCCCGCUGGACCUGGGCGCUGACCCCGGCGUGGCCGCCACUCCGCUCGGACCUGAGCACAUGGCCCAGACGAGCGCGCUGGGCCUCGGCCCUUCCGCCCAGGCGCUCCCGGUGCAGCCCGAAGCUCCGGCGGCCGUCGCCCGCUCAGCAGCCUCGAUCCCGCACCCCGGCCGCGGGGGCAGCAGUGGCGCGCAGCUCUCCGCGCCCCCGCCCCCAGCCCCUCCUCUUCCUCCCUCCCCGUCGCCCCCUCCCCCUUCCCCUUCCCCUCCCCCGCCUCCUCCUCCUCCUCCUCCUCCUUCUGCCCUCUCGGGCUACACCACCACCAACAGUGGCGGCGGCGGCAGCAGCGGCAAAGGCCACAGCAGGGACUUCGUCCUCCGGAGGGACCUUUCCGCCACGGCCCCCGCGGCGGCCAUGCACGGGGCCCCGCUCGGAGGGGAGCAGCGGUCCGGCACCAGCUCCCCCCAGCACCCGGCCCCGCCUCCCCACUCGGCCGGCAUGUUCAUCUCGGCCAGCGGCACCUACGCGGGCCCGGAAGGCGGCGGCGGCGGCCCGGCGCUCUUCCCCGCGCUGCACGACGCGCCGGGGGCCCCCGGCGGCCACCCACACCCACUCAACGGCCAGAUGCGUCUUGGGCUGGCGGCGGCGGCCGCGGCGGCUGCGGCAGCCGAGCUGUACGGCCGCGCCGAGCCACCUUUCGCGCCGCGCUCGGGGGACGCGCACUACGGGGCGGUGGCGGCCGCGGCCGCCGCGGCCCUGCACGGCUACGGAGCCGUGAACUUAAACCUGAACCUGGCGGCGGCCGCGGCCGCGGCGGCGGCCGGGACUGGGCCCCACCUGCAGCACCACGCGCCGCCCCCGGCGCCUCCGCCGCCGCCGGCGUCCGCGCAGCACCCGCACCAGCACCACCCCCACCUCCCAGGGGCAGCCGGGGCCUUCCUGCGCUAUAUGCGGCAGCCAAUCAAGCAGGAACUCAUCUGCAAGUGGAUCGACCCGGAGGAGCUGGCCGGGCCGCCGCCGCCGCCGCCGCCACCGCCACCGCCCCCGGCCGGCGGCGCCAAGCCCUGCUCCAAAACUUUCGGCACCAUGCACGAGCUGGUGAACCACGUCACGGUGGAGCACGUGGGAGGCCCCGAGCAGAGCAGCCACGUCUGCUUCUGGGAGGACUGUCCGCGCGAGGGCAAGCCCUUCAAGGCCAAAUACAAGCUCAUCAACCACAUCCGCGUGCACACCGGCGAGAAGCCCUUCCCCUGCCCCUUCCCGGGCUGCGGCAAGGUCUUCGCGCGCUCGGAGAACCUCAAGAUCCACAAGCGCACUCAUACAGGGGAAAAGCCUUUCAAAUGUGAAUUUGAUGGCUGCGACCGGAAGUUUGCCAACAGCAGCGAUAGAAAGAAACACUCCCACGUGCACACCAGCGACAAGCCCUACUACUGCAAGAUUCGAGGUUGUGAUAAAUCCUACACUCACCCCAGCUCCCUGCGGAAGCACAUGAAGAUUCACUGCAAGUCCCCGCCACCUUCCCCGGGAGCCCUUGGCUACUCUGCGGUGGGGACUCCAGUGGGUGCCCCCUUGUCCCCUGUGCUGGACCCAGCCAGGAGCCGCUCCAGCACUCUGUCCCCUCAGGUGACCAACCUCAAUGAGUGGUAUGUUUGCCAGGCCAGCGGGGCCCCCACCCACCUCCACACACCUUCCAGCAACGGAACCACCUCCGAGUCUGAAGACGAGGAAAUGUAUGGGAACCCUGAAGUUGUGCGGACGAUACAUUAGAGUUUAUUAUUAUGAUCAAUAAUAAGUGAGAUAAUAACAGGGAGUCCUUGGACCAUAUCCUAACCUGAGACAAAGCUGUGACUCAGACCGGGUCUAAUUAGCCCUAUUUAUUCACUAGGAAACCCUAUGGUGUUUGUACAUUUAAUUAAUUUAAUUAAGAUAUUUGGGCUUUUUGUUUUUUCUCCUUCUUAAAAAACAAACAGAAAAACAACCAAGCUGGACUUGUACAUUGCAGGGGGAAAGGGCUGGGGGCAAACUGUACCAAGGAAGAUGGAGAGAUUAAUCGAGAUACACACUGCCGAUGCUGUAUGUCUGUCUGUCUACCUAUAUAUGUAUGUUUAAAGGAGGAGAAAACAAGCAUUAAGUUAGAACUUAACACAGCCACCAGGCCCUCUUGUGUUUCCCAGAGUGCCUCUAGAAUGCCUUUGACACUACCAUGUAGGCUGCUUUUGAGCCUCCUCGUUGGGCCCUAAUUCUACAAAGGCCUCUUGAUUGUAAAACACACACUUGCUGCAUUGCCAACAGAUCCUGGACUGUGCCUGUGUCCAGAAAUAUUUGUAAAAGCCCUUUCAGUUCUAAUAUUUAUGAUUUUUUUUUAAAUGUCCACUUUUUUUUUUUUUUUUUUACCAAUCUCAUUCUAGUGUGAUAUUUUUAUACGGGAUUAUUUGUUCAGUACCCUACUUGUGUGACUUCAGAAAGAAGACGCGGCAACCUGGUAUCUCUUCAUCUGUUGUUACUGUGAUUGUUGAAGCAAAAGUGGAGAGAAAAAAAGCUGCUGCCAUAGACCACCUGUGAAACUGUGAUAUUUUAUAAAACAAGAAAUCCAAGUGCUUUCUUUUUCCUCUAUGGUGGGUUUUUUUUUUUUUUUUAAUCUGAAAUCUCAGAUGCUGCCUCCUUACUAUGUCCAAACUUCUUGUGUAAUAAAGAGAUUUCUUUUCGAUCAAAACUUUGGGAUGCCGACAUUCACAGCAAGGUCUGAGGAGAUGUGAUGAUGGCAUCGUGCCUAUGUUUUUGAAAAGCUGUUUCAAAAACAGGCCAACUACUCUUUUAUACUGUUGUAUCAACAUUUUUAAAGUCUUUAUUUUUCAAAGCCUAAAGCUGCAUUUUCUCCACCCGAGCACUGAGCACACAGAAGUCUACUCCAUUUGAAAAUGACAGUGUGUGAAGUGUAGGAUGUGCACGGAAAGGGGAGGGGGGUUGUUAUACAUAUUAAAAUUUUUAAAAGGUUUAUAGUUACCAGCAAACACUGAUGAAUGUGUGACCUUUGCCAGAUCUGUCAAGGGAGAAUCAGAAAGGUCAAGGACCCAGGACAGUGACUCGUAGUCAAUUUAUUUUCGGUUGGUACAACACAUCUCCUGUGCAAAAUGUAGUCCAUCAGAAGCAUCAUACAAAUAUACUAAAGAGCACUAAUUUACCCUCAGAGACCCUGAAGACAGCCCCCUCCCCCAGGGUUUGUAGAAAUUUGUUUUGUGUGCUGUGAGUGGUUGAUGUAGUCUUGUCAUUGUUAAUAACUUGUAUGUGAACACUUUUAUUUGUACAGUUGAAUUAAUUUAUUUUUAGACAUCAUCUUUUUUUUCCUGGAAGAGUUCAAAACACACCAAAGAAUUAUAUUAUACAUUUUGGUGAAAGAUUGUCAUUUAUGAUCCAUGAUUUAUUUAAACAAAACAAAAAGAGGAAAGAAAAUGGAAAGAUAUAUUUUUAAGCUUACUUGAAUGAACAGCGUAAUGUGAAAACCAAGUCUCUUCCUGCAUGUCUUUUUUGCAUUGUGUUGAACAAGAUGAUAUAUAUAUAUAUAUUCUAGAGUUCAUAGAUCUGUUGCUAGUACAGAGCAUGGUGCUGUCAUUUGGAAAGCCUUCCAAUGUUGUCUUCAGACUGUAACAGUGAUGAUGAAACAUGCAGACCCUCCUUUAAUGCAGAAAAGGACCAUAAAACUUGAAUAUAAAGUCAUUCUACAUUUCUAAAGUUCAUUUGCUGUUUGUAUUACUCAAUUUCAAAGCCCUUUCAAAUAGGAAAGAUAAGGUAUGGAUGGGGGGGAUAAUUUAUUGUAAACUUAUUCGGACAAAAUAUUCCUGAUGUAUAAUGAGUUGUUUUAUUUAUACAACUUUUUCGAUGGUAGUUUGCACUAUUCUUUAUUAUGCUACAGGUUUAUUUAUUAUGAAACAAAGGAAUAUGUAUUUUAUGUAUUUUGCCAUGCAUAGGUUAACUCUUUGCCACAGAUUUAUUGGUUCCUGAUACACCUGAAAUAAAAACUUAAAAUGUGUACCUCCAAUAGAAAGAAAACAAGAAUGAUUAUGAAGUGACAAAUCUAAUAAAGGUAUUCUUCCUAUGUAUU